UUUAAUAAAAGUGUAGGUGAACUGAUCUUGAAAGUAUCGCUUAAUAGAGAAUCGGUUAGCACUUACGAUUUCCACGUGACAGUGACGGAUGACGGAGAUGAUAGAAAGGUAUCAAAGUUGUUCAUUCUUAACGUUGAGGACGUGAACGACAACAAACCAAUCUUCGUUACACAGCCAUAUUGGAAAYCAAUACUUGAGAAUACAACUGUUGGUACGGAACUUCUGACCAUCCAAGCGACAGACAGCGAUCUAGGUUCUAAUCAAGUUGUCACAUACAGAUUUAGUAACGAUUCCAAYUCUGCUCAGGACAAUCCACUUGUUACCUUGUGGAAGGGAACAAGCGUGCUGAAAGUUGUCGCAAGAGAUGGUGAUGCUGGUAUUAAGGACCAAAUAAAAUACGAAAUAUACAAAGGUAAUAAUGGUACGUUUACUAUUAGCAGCAGUACUGGUGUCAUUACGGUCAACAGUACAAUCGACGCGGAGAAGACACAAAGCUACGAACUUCACAUCCGAGCUUCUGAAGUUCCCAAUCCAAGCUCCAACGCUACAGUGUCAGUACUAAUAACUGUGAUAGAUAAGAACGAUAAUCCUCCUAUCUUCUCGAAAGAUAUCUAUUCAUUUUCAUUACGAGAGGAUCUGGCCGAAUCUGGAAAAAUUGUUACUGACCAGUUGAUCGUCAGUGAUGCCGACAAAAACCCUAAAUUUCGGCGUUUUGCUGUCGAUCCUAAUACUGGUAACAUCACAGCAGCAAGAACCCUUGACUAUGAAGAAGUCCACAGCUACCAGUUUUAUGUGAUCGCUAGUGAUGGUGGUGGAAUAUCCAAGGAAGAAGCAACUGCUACAAUAAAUGUUGCUUUACGGGAUGUCAAUGACAACGACCCAGUCUUCACUGAAAGGCUAUACACAAGCGAGAUCAAAGAAAAUUCAGCCGCUGGAGUCAUUGCAGUUAAGGUGACCGUCAGCGACAAAGAUAGCGAAGACAAUGGAAACGUUUCCUUGAGCAUUACAUCUGGUAACAUCGAUAACGCUUUUGCUAUCAAUGCAACUGGUUUCAUCACGACAACCAAAUCACUGGACAGAGAAGCCACAGCCUCGCGUUUCCCAUAUUCCUAUAUAUUCCAGAGCUUUCCCACUCGCGGGAGUGAUGGAGGUGGGACAAUCCUGUUURAAUCUCUACCGGCCAUCGAUAGGGAUGCUGGUUCGAAUGGAYGCAUAACGUACUCUAUGUCGGGUGCAGACGACCGAUUCAUAUUAAAUAGUGACACUGGUAGGCUCCAGAUCUCUCCGACUGGUCUUGACCGUGAAAUUAAAAGUAGCUAUGACCUGGUAAUURAUGUAACAGAUGCAGGCUCACCACCACGACAGAAUUCCACCACAAUACAUGUGGAAAUACUGGACACCAAUGACAACGCACCAGUAUUUGACCCCAAACCAUCAGAGGAUUCCUCUGCUUACAUAAAAGAAAUAAAUGAAGGGCCGAGUACGUUAAACACUGUCAUCAUUCAGUUGAACGCUACCGACCAAGACGAAGGCCUCAAUAAGAAGAUAAUYUAUUCGUUGACAGGAGACGAGCAUGGCUUCUUCAGUCUGGAUAAUACAACGGGAAAGUUGACUGUUGUCAAAGUGCUUGACCGAGAAGAUACACAAAUGCCUAAAGAUGCUUCUAAUAAUGGUCAAUUCUUGCUGGACGUGACAGCAACUGACCAGGCACAACCUGUUUCAGUCAGGAAAUCCGCGACUGUGAGGAUAACUAUUAAGGUAAAGGACAUCAACGAUAACUCGCCCAAAUUCCAGAAACAAAGCUUUGAAGAACACGUAAGCGAGGCUGCACGAACCGGAAGCAACGUGRUCCAAGUAUMUGCGUUAGACAAGGACUUAGAAUUGUCAGGAAAAGUUCUUUACAACAUCACUAAUGGGGAUCCAAAUGGUACGUUUGGCAUUUCCGAAACUGGGUACAUUUUCACCGAAAAGCCAUUAGACGCAGAAGAUGUUUUGCUGUACAAUCUCACUGUGUUGGCCAAAGACRAAGGAUCGCCUCCAUUGARUUCUACGGYCUUUGUAGGUAUUCACGUGGAUGACGUCAAUGACAACGAUCCAAAAUUCAACCAAUCAACGUACACCGCAUCAGUAAUGGAAAAUUGUGCAACAGGAACAUCAGUACUYACUGUCUAUGCCUCAGAUAAAGAUAAAGGAUKGAAUGGCAAUGUCACAUACAAGAUCUCCAGUGGAAACCAGAAAAAUGYAUUCCAGAUCGAUGUUGUSACAGGAGUGAUUAGUACUGCUGCAUCCAUUGACAGGGAAGUCAUUCAACAGUACAUUCURACUGURCAGGCUGAGGAUCAAGGGCAACCAUCAAGCAGGAAGGAUUUUGCAGAGGUUCRAAUAACGGUAGACGAUGAGAACGAUAACAGCCCACAAUUCACAGGAAGUCCAUUCUCAGCAAAUAUCAAGGAAAACUCGCCUYCAGGAACAACUCUUGCACUGAAAAAAGAAAUCCAUGCARCAGAUGCAGAUAUYGGCAUAUAUGAGAAAAUAACCUACAGUCUCGAAGGUUUAGGCGCUGAGCAUUUCAACAUCAACGGCAGCACUGGURUCAUAGCAACAAGCAACAGCAGUUCACUGGAUCGAGAAAAAAAUGCUUCAUAUUCGCUUGAUGUCAUAGCAACAGACGGUGGAAACAAAAACGCAUCUGCUAAACUAGUGAUCUCCGUAACAGAURUUAACGACGAGCCUCCUAGAUUUUCACRAGCAAUAUACUAUGCCAAUAUAUCAGAGGAUGCCGGUCAAGGAAGCACAGUUACCAAGGUGACAGCUACUGAUUUGGACACAGGAAUAAAUGGUCAGAUAAUUUAUACCUCUAAUGGGGCUGAUGGAAAAUUCUAUGUUAGCAGAUCUACAGGCAGCAUCAUUGUUGAUUCUUCACUGRAUCGAGAGUUCAAAAGUUCCUACAUCUUAAACAUUACGGCAGCCAAUAUUGUCRAACCUAAUUUYGAGGGACACRCCCAGAUCCACAUAACAGUUACUGAUGUCAUAGACGACAAACCCUAUUUCAGUACACCAACUAUGAUGGUUUCGUUGCCUGAAAAUGCGUCAGUUGGAACAAACGUYACMAGAGUAACAGCCUUAGACAAGGAUGUUGGUGAUWGCGUGARUUAUGUCAUUGUGGAUGGAGACGUUUAUGAGCAGUUUAAAAUCGAUAACAUAACUGGAGAUAUAUUUACAACAAAGUCGUUGGACAGGGAAAACACUACGAAGCAUACAUUAUCGAUACAGGCGAGGGAUAGCAAAGGUUUAGAGUCUGAGAACAACGUUAAGGUGGAGAUAGAUGUCGAUGACGUGAAUGACAACUCCCCUGUCUUCAMACAAAGAGAGUACAUCGUAGACUACAGAGAGCAGUCACCAAAAGACACGAGUAUUCUAAAGAUUACGGCAACUGAUGCUGACUYAGGCGUUAAUGCACAAAUUCKUUACAGUAUUGUGGGGAACGUGACGAGUAAGGUUUCAGUUAAUYMARWAACAGGAUUGAUAUCCCAGGGAGAMGUUGAGCUCGACAGAGAAAUGCAACCUUAUUUCAACUUUACAGUCAAAGCAACUGAUMAAGGAGUACCACCAAAGUCAACUCUUGCCCAUGUGUCACUUGUUCUUGUGGACAUCAAUGAUAAUAGUCCCAAAUUUGCAAAUGAGACUUAUUACGCAACAGUCAAGGAAAAYGAACCAAUAGGAACUCAUGUAUUCGUUGCCAGUGCAAMGGAURAUGACACUGGUAGCAACGCGAGGCUGGAAUAUGGAUUAGGUGGAUCGUCAAGAUUGAUGUUUAAGAUCGAUUCUGACAGGGGUAAUAUAAGUACAAACGAACUAUUGGAUCGUGAGGCAGUUGAAUCAUAUACAUUGACUUUGCGUGUAGUUGACGGGGCCAUAAGACCAAGAGAAGGAUCUGCCAAUUUGAUAGUAACAGUGCUUGACGUCAAUGACCACUCACCUGUAUUCAACCAAGAGAGAUACUCAUUUGCAGUYGWCGAGAGUGUAYCCAGCGGGCACUUGAUUGGAACURUCUCUACCACAGAUAAGGAUAUUGAUGAAAAUGCACGAGUCUCUUAUUCUAUCACAGCUGGAAAUGAAAUGAAUCUCUUCGCAAUAAACGAAACAACAGGAAAGAUAACCACGGUAUCAUCACUUGACAGAGAAACCAAUGACACUUUUACUUUAACCAUAAAGACGGCAGGAGAUGACGACAGACUGUUCAGUAUCGAUGAGCAAACAGGCGCAGUAACUCUAAAAGGAAAGCUUGACCAUGAAACUAAACCAUUAAUAAACCUGACUGUUAUGGCGAGGGAUCGUGGGACUCCUAAACUAGAGGGUUCUGCUUUUGUUGUUAUAAAAGUAACUGACGUGGAUGACAAUGCGCCACAGUUCACGAAGGACGAAUACACUGCUCAAGUUUAUGAAAAUAUCACCAAAGGUUCAUUCGUGGCUCAAGUAAAUGCGACAGAUAUUGACGCCGAUGAAGCCCACAAAACUAUUCAUUACAGAAUAGAGGAUGGCAACACAGAAGACGUGUUUGCAAUUGGGGAUUUGAAUGGCUCUGUUUAUCUCAAAUGUGGUUCGUCUGGUUGCCUUGAUCGAGAGACUACGAAUGGAUACGUGUUGACUCUUGCUGCUAUUAGUAUUGUGAACGGCUCUGAACAAAAAUCAACAGUCGAGCUUAAAAUCACUGUGCUUGAUGUCAAUGACGUAACGCCAACCUUCGUGUCUYCAUCCUACACGAAGAAAGKGCAAGAAGAUACUGGUGACAUCACUGGGAAAGACAACACUAUACUAACCAUAAGUGCUAGAGAUACGGACCUUGGAGUGAACUCUGAGAUUGUUUAUUCCAUGAUAAAAGGAAACGAACAAGGUAACUAUCUCGUAAUACAAGCAAAGAAUGUGAAGAGUAACUUAAAGUUAACCAAGGAAAAAGAUAUCACUGUGUUCGUGACAGACCUUAAUGACAACCAGCCGCUAUUCUCAAAGUCUAGUGCCACUUUAUCUGUGGGUGAGAAUCUUCCCGUUGGUACCACUGUUGGUGAAAUUGAGGCCGGUGACUCAGAUAAAUCUGACCGUGUUUACUACUAUAUUAUUGGGAGUAGCGGUAGGGAUGUCUUUGAUGUUAACGAAACAAAUGGAAUCGUAACAACUAAGAAAACCAUAGAUCGCGAGGAGACACCAUUCUUCAGCAUGCUCGUUAAGGCAUCAAACUACAAGCUUGAUUCCUCAUCUUUACUGAGUGCAAGGAAGAGAAGAAGCGCCAGUGAAACAAACCCAACUUAUUCUCCCUUACCAAAUGAUCCAACAAUCCAGCGCGUUGUGGUGGAAAUUGCUGAUGAAAACGAUAACGGGCCAAUAUUCACCAAAAAAGAUUAUUCAGGAGGAGUUCCUGAAGACAUAUCUCACGGAGAUAAUGUCAUUCGUGUAAUUGCUAACGAUGCAGAUGUUGGCAACGGUGGUCGCAUUAGCUAUGACUUCUCGACAACAACUGAAGACUCAAAGAAGUUYACCAUCGAUAAUGAGACUGGAUGGAUUAAGGCUGCAGAUUCGUUUGCUGGUCAACGCGGCAAAGAAUACGUACUUAACGUUACAUCUAAGGAUAACUUGGGGAUAGAUCCAUAUCAUUACGACACCGCUACUGUUAAGAUCUACGUAGUCGUCGACUAUGAACGCGCUAUUCUCAUUUCUGGUAGAAGUCCUUACGAGGUCAGAAACAAUAAAGAUGAAUUUGUAAGGGUGCUUCAAAACAUUACUGGGUUAAUUAUCAACAUUGAUGAUAUUAACUUCUAUAAGGAAGAUGGAAAAUACGACUUCAGCAGGACUGCUGUUUAUUUCCAUGCAGUGGACCCAAAUACUAAGAAGAUUGUCGACAGGGAUGAAGUAAUGAGGAGAAUAGAUGAGAACUAUCAGAAGCUGUCAAGUAAUAAGGCAUUUUUCAAUGAAUGGAAAAUCAAAGAGAUAAAGAGUCUUACGUCUUCCGCUCCUCCAACUGAAAAGUUCAAUACUGAAACCUUGUUGUCUAUUUUAGUUGGCAUCCUAUUCCUAAUAAUUGUUUUCAUUGUGGCUUGUGUCAUAUACUGCUUUAGACGUAUCCAACGCCAAAUUGCAAGAAGUCCUCCGCACACUAGGCCCUCAACUGACGAGGAGUCUUUUCCAAUGCAAGAUACACCAUCUCGUUCUGCCAUUUCCGAAGGACAUGGACAACAAACAGUGUCGCAAAAUCCAAAUCAUGAGCCAUCUGCCGACGAAACCGGUAACAUAAAUAUAACAACACCAAGGUUACAAAUGACUGAAAAUGAGCCACAAUAUGCUGAUCUAGAUCCAUCCACUACUUUGAAAUCGUCUAUUUAUCAAGGUCUCUCUCCAUCGACGCAAAAUGUCUCUGAUGUUCAAUUAAACCAGACCAAUCCUUCAUCUGCUGAACCACUCAACUAUCAAAAGCUUCCAAUAAUAGUGCUCCUCAAGUAUACCAAAAAAGGAUUGAUUUGAAUGAUAAGUUGGCAUCGUCCGCUAGUUAAUACGAGUUCGCGGCGUAAACACUGCAUAUUAAUGAAGCAUCGUAUAAAAGAAUUGCAUAGCCUUUACUCUGCGUAUCCUUUCUGCUCACUAAAACUAUCUAUCUAGCUAACUAAAUAAACAAAUAUAUAGAGUGCAUACCUUAUAUAUCCGUGAAAAGAUUUUCUAAGAAAAUUGUACGAAAUAGCGCGAAGUUUUCUAGUCUACUGAACUUACUAAUUUGUGCAAGUUUGUGCAAUUUCUUGCAAAGUUUUUAACGGAUCGAUAUAAGGUAUGUACUUUUUAAUAAAUAAACAAAUAGCAAAUACAUUAAUAGAUAAAAGAACUCUAAGAUAUUUAGUCGUUAAAUAUUUAGUAAGCAAGGUGAUGCAAAGAAUUUGCAAUUUAAGGGAAAAGUUAAAAGGACAGUAGAUAACAAAUAUACUGCAUAUCGUGGCACAGCGUUGCCAAGCAAUCAGGGCUUAUUUGCGCUGUGCCCAGUCUCUAUCAUAGACUGUGAUAAAUUCAGAAACAAUUGCUGAUCACUUCACUUCAUUUCAUUUCCUGUUUUGUGCGCAAUGUUCAUCAGCUGAAUCGCAAGUUUUCAAUAUCAUUCUUUCUGGCUGACGGCACAUGGUGGGCAGUAUUUGACCACCAUUUGGAUCAGAUAAUGAGAUUCAACAACUUUUAUCAGCUGAGUGUGAAAGCCAGCAAUACUCUACCAUAUGCAUAUUUGAAUGUUAUAUAUUAUCUGUAAAUGUUUGAAUAAAAUUGAUAACCAACGUA